UGGAGCCGUUCGAGCACCGUGGGCUGGAGCGGGUGAGUGCGGCCGCGCUUCCCGGCUGGAAAACGGAGCUUCUCGCUAUUCCCUAUGGGAAUUCCGUGUCCUCUCAGCUCCUCCGGCUCUCAAUACAGCGGCAGACAAUGACAUCAGAGCAGAGUUCCCUCAUCGACAAGACCUUCCAGAUGAGGAAGGAGGUUGAAGCCCGUAAGGUCAUCUUGGCUUGGGGCCUCCUUAAUGUAGCUAUUGCAGGCAUAAUAUAUACUGAAAUGACUGGGAAACUCAUAAGCUCUUACUACAACAUCUCAUACUGGCUACUGUGGUAUAUUGAGCUUGCCUUUGCGUCUGUGUUCAUCCUGAAUGCCUUGUUUGAUUUCUGGUUAUACUUCAAAUACACAGUGGCACCAACAGCCGUGGUCAUGAGUCCUGUUCAGAGGAGACUGCUGGGCUUGCAGAAUGCAGCUGUACAAACAACUGCACCACGUGAGCUGGUGGCAAAGAAGGACCCAUCUUCAACACCUUCUUCUCCAAUCCAGGGUCAAAGUGUGCUGAGUUACAGCCCAUCCCGCUUCCCUAGUACCAGUCCAAAGUUUACUACUGGUUGUAUCACAGGCUACAGUCCUCAGCUGCAGGCUCUGUUAGGCAACAGCAGUUCUUACAGCAAUAUAACCUAUUCACCAAGUGGCAGCUACAAUAAGGUUUCUGGGUUCAGCCCUGUUCCUACUGGAUCUAUGUACGCCACGAGUAUUGGGACAGUGGAAGGUGGUGGCCUGAGGUCUCGUUACCGCUCUUCGCCCGUGUUCUAUAAUUCUCCUACUGGCAAAGAAGACUACAUGGCAGACCACAAGUCCCUGGAUACCUUCCUUCAACGUGAAGAAGAGAAGCAGCAGAGGGUUCAGCUAGGAAGUUCAGAUUCCAGCUCUCCUUCCAGCAGUCCGACUUUCUGGAACUGCAGCCGUUCCAUGACAGACUGUGCACAGAUUCUCAGGAAGUUCCAGUAUCAGCUGGCUUGCAGGUCCCAGGCUCCAUCAGCACACAAGGACGAAGCUGAUAUGGGCUCAAAACAGGCUGAAGAAGAGGUUUGGGCACGGGUGACAAUGAAUCGACAGCUCCUUGAUCACAUGGAUUCCUGGACCGCCAAGUUCAGAAACUGGAUUAAUGAGACUAUUCUAGUGCCACUUGUCCAGGAGAUUGACUCUGUGAGCACUCAGCUGAGAAGAAUGGGGUGUCCAGAGCUGCAGAUUGGAGAAGCCAGCAUCAGCAGCCUGAAGCAGGCAGCACUUGUUAAAGCUCCUCUCAUUCCAACACUGAACACUAUUGUGCAGUACCUGGAUCUUACACCAAACCAGGAGUACUUGGUGGAAAGAAUCAAAGAGCUUUCCCAGGGAGGAUGCAUGAGCUCAUUCCGAUGGAACAGAGGAGGGGAUUUCAGGGGCAGGAAGUGGGACACGGACCUGCCCACAGACUCCGCUAUCAUUAUGCAUGUGUUCUGCACUUACCUCGACUCCAGGCUUCCGCCACACCCCAAGUAUCCCAAUGGCAAAACCUUCACUUCCCAGCACUUCAUUCAGACACCGGAUAAACCAGCUAAUGCAAGAAGGAAGAGCAGCUCACCUGCCUCCUACUGUCAGCGUUUCGGUCAUUCAGAGGCAGUGCAAAACACUUCAAAUGAGAACGUCUUCUGCAUCUACCAAAGCAGCAUCAAUCCACCUCACUAUGAGCUCAUCUACCGGAGCCAGACCCACAACCUUCCAGAGGGCAGGAACAACAUGUUCCACACCUUGCUGAUGUUCCUGUAUAUUAUAAAGACAAAAGAAUCCGGGAUGCUGGGGCGUGUAAACCUGGGAUUAUCGGGAGUCAACGUCCUGUGGAUCUUUGGAGAGUAACACCUAUGGCGGGAUGCUGGAUCUGAGGAAUGAUGCUCUGAACUCAGUCACUACCUUGUUGAUUUAAUCAUAGAUUUAGUAAAAUGGGCUGAUUUAAGCUCAGUUUUGUGGGCAGAAAAGGGAAGAUGUGUAAUUCCUGCCUUAAUUUUUUAAGUUUUUAUAUUCUUAUUAUUUACCACAUUUUUGCUGUUGAAAGGCUCCUACUUCCCAGUGCCAGGUGGGGUUUCCCUUUCCAGCUCUUCACUGAAGGAAUCUUGGUUCAAACUCCUGUUCUGCUGUUCCUGUUUCACAUAUGGCAUCACCACCUGAGCUUGGGACUAAACCGCAACCGGACUAAACCACAACCACCUUUGAACUACAGCCCUGUGAGAGAGGCUCUGUGCAGCCAGGAAUGAGCCCUCGCCUGGAAACAGGAAUACUUUAACUACUUCAGGAUCCAGGAAAUUCCAGAUGGGGAUAAGAAGAGCCGAAUCUAAAAGUUUAGACUCAUUUUGGUUCAGUUUAGUGCAUGUUAGAAGAAAAAUGUUGCUGGUUUUAAGCCUGUUUAAGCUUGUAGAAAGGAAAGAGAAAAAAGUGUUUGAUUUGUUGGUGUUGGUAAAAAAGAGUCUGUAAUGUUAGCUUUAAUUUUUAAAUUAUUUGCAAUUUUUAUUCGAAA